CAUAAAGCUCCGCUCUUCAACCCCAAGAUUAGAUGAAUACGGAGUUUCGCGCGGUCAACACGAUCGACCGGACGUAAAUCGGUAUAAUACUCUUCCUGUGCUCUUUAAAUCGCGAUCACGGUUUAAAGAUAGGAUAAUAGGACAAUCUUCAAGAAAGUCAUCGAUGGUGUUGUAUUAUCAAUUCGUUGGAGUAACCUUGGAGUAAGGCUGAAUUAUUAGAUAAUCACCAAUAACAAUACAGAACAUUACAAACUAUGGAACAAAGGAACGAUCAUCAGACUUGGAGUUUAUCUUGUUGCUCAAAGCAGGACUCAGUGUCGGAGGGAGAAUCUGAAUUUCUAAAUUAUCCGGUUCUAGACUUAUCAUGCAAAAAUCCCGUGACACCUACAACAAUCAAAGGCACAAAUACGACGGCCUGUUUGUCUCAGAGCUUGCCUGCACAUACGGACAAGCAAUAUCAACACUCAAGUCUAUCGGAUACGAAGAAACAGAGUCCUUUUGCGAGCACUAUCAUGUUGUCAUCAUCCUCUGAGUUGGAUUUUCCGAAAGAAACGACCGAGAAGUGUGAACCGUUCUUUUACAACGGUGGCAACGCAAUUAAGAACAGUAUACCGCUGUUUGCACCACCUUCGGGCGUAACAAUGGAAGUUCCAUUUCUGCGUCCGUUAGUACCUUUGCACCUAAACAGCGGGGCCAUAAAUAAUUCAGUAGCAACGUCAACGACUGCAUCAACAUCUCCACCUUAUACAGAGAGAGAAACAUCAUCAUUACAGACAAACGAUAAAACUACCGAAACGACCGCGCUAAGUUUCUUAAAUGAGUCGUCGACCCAAGCCGAAAUGUCAACACCAUCGUUGACUGCGGUAAAGAAGACAGCAAGACCUUUCAAAGUAUAUUCGAAGAAUCCCUUCCCCAUUUUAAAGAGACAGAUCAAUCCUGUGUUCCAAUAUUUGAGCCGCGAUUACUUGGAAUAUCGGGAAAAGAUGCUUGACUAUAAAAAAAUGCAGGAGAACGCACCGAAUCCGAAAAUGCGUCGAACAUCCAGGAGUCCAGCAUUGCCUACUAGCACUGCUGACGAAAAGGACCCUGCUUAUUACGAGAAAAGGAAGAAAAACAACGAAGCAGCAAAACGUUCCAGAGAUCUUCGAAGGAAAAAGGAGGACGAGCUUGCUAUUUGGGCAACUUUUCUUGAAGAAGAAAACGUAAAGUUGAAAAGUGAAUUGGCAGGAUUAUACUGUUUGUUGCGACAAAUGGGCAUGGAUAUAAGUCAACUUAGGGCACUUAUAAACGUCAACUUAUAAACGUUAAUAAGUUGUUUAAAUAUGUGUGAUAAUAACAAUGAUCUGAAAUGACCAAAUAUGAUAUCAGUAUAUAUGUAGAGCAUAUAUAUAGUGUUAGUGCAUAUAAUAUAUAUAUA